UGCGACCCGGCCCCCUUCUACAUCUUCGACGAGAUCGACGCCAACCUCGACGCGGCGCACCGCUCCUCGCUCGCGCAGGCACUCUCCCCUCCCCUACCCCAACGGCACCCGAACCCCUCCCCUACCCCCACGAUGAUCGAGCGGCAGGCGUCGCGCGUCAACGAGGAGUCGGGCGACCCCGAGCCGACGCAGCGCGUCACGCUAGAAGCGCACGCACUCGUGUUCAUCACCACCACCUUCCGGCCCGAGCUCAUCCACACGGGCGACAAGUUCUACGGCGUCACGCACCGCAACAAGGCGUCGACCAUCAAGUCGAUCUCCAAGGCGGACGCGCUGCGCAUCAUCUCCGAGGACCAGAACCGGCAGCGGCAGCACGCGUGAGCCCAGGGGGGCGGCGGGGGAGGGGGGGAGGGGCGGGGGGGGGCGGCGACCCGGGGCGGCUCGAGGACUCGUUCUCGGGCGGGUGGGUGGGCAUUGGCAACCCUCCCCGCUGCUCCCAGCCCUCCGCUGCUCCUAGGGAGUGCAGCGGAGGGACGCGGUCCUUGGCCAACCUCUGCCGGCUCCUUGGGGGGGGGCGGAGUACUGCAUGUCGCUACGUUGCCGCUUGGCGUGGGGAGAGGCUGCCGCGAGUCCGGGGGUCCGAGAGACGACCUGGGGGCGUGACGAUCUCGCGGGUCGUACAUGGUCCCCUGGAGGCCACUCCCGUGCCACUCGAAGGGUCUUGUGGGGAAAUGACUACUACGUACGUAUGCCGUGUCACAGCCGAAUGUGCGAGUGUGUGACUGUUGGGAGCGCAUAGUCAACUGCAAAAGAAAU